CGUUACAAUCGCGUCCCAAACAUUCUCUCUCCCCUUCCCCGAAUAAUUCGAACCAAAAAAGUAAAAAUUUCUCCAGAAUAAAUAUUCACACAACAACCAAACGAAAACCAAAACAAAAAAAAAACGAAAACUUUGAACUUUGCUCCAAAGGAAAGCUCUCACCAAGAGGAAUAUUUUCUUCAAUCAAAUCAAAUCAAUCCAAAUGGAGUUCCCUCCCCCGCCUCCACCGGAGAGAUCAAAGCGCCUCCACAACUUCACCUUACCUUAUCUCCGAUGGGGUCAGCAGAGAUUCCUCAGGUGCGUCAAGCUACCUUCUUCCUCCUCCUCCUCUCCUUCUCCCGAUCGCGCCAAUCACGGAUCUCCCUCUCUUCCCGGAGCUGGAGGAGGAGGAGAGUCUGCUCAGCCAAAGGUCUCAGCUUUGGGGAAUGGAGAUGCAGCAGCAGCUAGGCCGUGGAAUCUGAGGACGAGGAGAGCUGCUUGUAACGAGCCUGGUGGAGGAGACGAGCCCACCACCACCACCACGACGAGGAUGAUCAUCACAAAUGAAAUUGGCGGAGUCAAGAGAGGAGGUGGUGAUGGAUCGGAGAAACUGAAAUUCUCUGUUUGUUUGUUGAGAGAAGAGAUCGAAGAGGAUUUCACAGCGUUGAUUGGUAAAAAGCCUCCUCGUAGACCAAAGAAGAGACCCAGACUUGUUCAGAAGCAAAUGAAUACUCUGUUUCCUGGAUUGUGGUUAGGGGAAGAAGUAACGGCAGGCUCUUACGACGUCCCCGAUGCUGCUGCUGAAACAUGAUUGUAAGGUUUUCUUUAAUUUGGGAGUCCCCAAGUCCAUUCUACUUUUUUCAAUAUUUUCUUUUGUUGUAAAAAAACAAAGCAAAAAGAAUGUAGCAAUGUGCCCCCCCAACAGUUUUUAGUGAAUGAAGCCAUUUUACUUUGGUUUCUUCUAUUUGUAAAAGAGAGAGGGAGAGAUAACUGGUUUUUUUUUUUUUCAUUACCAUUAGUUCAAUUGUAAUCUCCAGCUGUCUUUUUCUGUUAAUCAAUAAUGCAGCUCUCUGCAACUUUCUUUA